AUGCCUUUAUCAGAUGAUUAUAUUCGUCCAGAAUUCCUUUCCUACUUACCGAAAACCCCUUUGUUUAAACUUGAGAUUACUGACGCAUAUAUACAAUCAGAUCAAGUUAUCAACGACUUUUAUGCUCCAGGCUUACGCAAAUGGUUUGGACAUAUCAAACGUACAAUCUACCUCCGUGAUCGCAAACUUCAUAAGAAAAUCAAAGGUGAAGAGAAGAUUAAACAAGAUCAAGAACGAAUGGCUCUGAAAAAACUUAAAGCAGAAGAAAAAGCUAAAUCAAAGCGUGAUGCUUCUAUUGAAACAGCUAGUCUUCAAGGGACAAGUGUAAACACUUAUCAAAAAGACAACGACAAGUAA